AUGCUUGGUCUUGACGCCGCCGGCAAGACCACCAUCCUGUACAGACUGAAGCUGGGAGACAAGAUCCGAAAGUUGUGGCGCUACUACUUCGAGGGCACAGACGCUUUGAUCUAUGUGGUGGACAGCUCCGACAGGCAGCGCAUUGGCGAGGCCAAAGAGGAACUGGAGAGGAUGCUACAAGAGGAAGAGCUAAAGAACGCAGCUCUCCUUGUGCUUGCCAACAAGCAGGACUUGCCCAAUGCAAUGACUCCGGCUGAGGUAAUGGAAGCGCUGGAGUUGCAAAAGCUUCGACAUCGGAAAUGGUUCAUUCAAUCGACAGUGGCUCCUACUGGAGAUGGCCUCUACGAGGGUUUGGACUGGCUCUCUCGGUCCUCGGGAUCCACCCCCGAGCUCGGCAGCUACCGUCUGGUGGAGGGCCGCUGCGAGGCUGUCCAGAGGAUCUCUGCAUUGGACUUGGAGGAGGAGAACGAGAAAGACAUGCUUCGCAUGACCCUGCAACGCCUUUGGCAAGCCAGCGAGCCCGAGGCCGCGGCCGCCGAUGUGGGCAAAGCUGAAUUCUGA